AUGCUUAUCGGCAUCUGUGGCCCCAUAUGCGCGGGCAAAGCAACCGUAGCAGACUAUCUGAUCAAANAACACAACUUUACUCCCCUCACAAUCAAGCGAGAUGAUCAUACACCCGCAAUCGAAAAAUCUGCAAAUUUUGCUCACUGGACAUCUGCCGCUCUGGAAUUUCCCACUGCUCUUUUACUGGACCAAUAUGUUUCCGAGAACUGGAGAGAGAAUUAUGUCUUGACUACUAUCUGGAACGAAGCUAUCCUCGACACCUUGGCUAAACGACCUCACUUCAUCCUGCUAAGUAUCGAUGCUCCCAUCAGUGUGAGAUGGCAGCGUUUCCGUGAGAGGUGCGCUCAGGAGAACAAAGAACCUCCAGCAUUAGAUGACUUUGUCCUGCGCAACGAUGAGCACCUUUACGAUCCUCUGUCAAGCCUUGCAGCUCUUUCAUCUAGAGCUCAGAUCAGAAUCUUGAACCCUACCACCACCAUCCCUCAAUUACAGGCUUCGCUCGACGCCUUGAAUCUCCUUGACCCUGCCAGGAUGAGACCGACCUGGGACCAAUACUUCAUGCGACUCGCUGACCUUGCUGCCCGACGAAGCAACUGCAUGAGGAGACAAGUCGGCUGUGUCCUCGUCCGAGGGAAGCGUGUCAUCAGUACAGGCUAUAAUGGUACUCCGAGAAACGUCACCAACUGCAAUGAAGGCGGUUGUGCUCGUUGCAAUACUAGCAAAGGUGGCGGUACCGGCUUGAGUACAUGCUUGUGCCUUCAUGCCGAGGAAAAUGCCCUUCUCGAAGCAGGUCGAGAGCGUGUCGGUGAUGGUGCUGUACUCGUCAAGAUCGUCCAAGUCGGUAUCACCGAGGUUGUUUUUAGUCAGAGCUACCACAUGGACACCCAGAGCGCAAAGAUAUUCCAGGAAGCGGGCGUUCACCUCCGACAAUAUGCUCCGGUGAGUACCCUGACAUCUUGCGCAGUCCUUACACUAACUCCCAACAGCNCACGCGAAGGUCUCGUCAAUCUUUGUGACCUUGGUGUCGUGGACACUGAUGCAGCAUGA